AUGAGCUCCAACAUUAACAUUUUUAAACUUCUUGCCGUCGCCGGCCUUCUUUCUGCAUCCGUGGCGUGUUCGACUGAGUCUGAUGUGGAAAUUACUUUUUAUGGGUAUCCUGACAACGAUCCUCCCAGUGCGGAUAUUGCUUAUGAUUGUGGUCGUGGUUACACGGCAGGAGGCACCGGCACCUAUGAUGACCCUCUCACCUUUGCCACUGCUCCUGGGGAGUUUGAAAAGUGUGAGAUCGUCUAUCUGCCGUACCUUCGCAAGUACCUCCGCUUCGAGGACACAUGCGCGCAGUGCACUACCGAUUAUGACAACGGCAAGCUCCACAUCGAUAUUUGGACUGGAUCUACCAAGUCCAGUGGUGGCGAUACCCAGAUUGACUGCGAAGAUUCUUUGACCCCGGAUGAUUCUAAAACCGUCAUCAUCAGCCCGGGAACCUCCUACACCGUCAACUCGGACGAGCUCUUUGCGAGCGGCAAAUGCUAUACAUCGAACACUUAUAGCAGUGCCGACGCUUCGAGCUACUGCAGUUCCGGUUCUUCGGGUUCGAGCUCCAGCUCUGGCUCCGGUUCCGGCUCCUCAUCUUCCUGCUCCUGGUCAGGCCAUUGUGCCGGUGCUUCCUGCUCAACCGAGAACGACUGCUCCGACAAUCUCACCUGCCAGAGUGGCAAGUGCGCCUGAGCACAGUACUACUGCCGCGGUAGCUGGACGGACAUUGUUGGACCAAAGUGCGUGACACAGGACAGGUCCUUCUACAUUGUGUGAUCAUGUGAUACAAUCUGCUUGUCCUUCUUUACUUCAGGCAAUCAAAACCCUGAGAAAUUACCCUCAGAGGAUUAGUAUUACCUGGCGCGCGGACUCGCUGCCACUGGCCAUGACAAGCAGAAUCUGUUCAACUGCAACGGAACCAUGUAUUAUAAAGCUAUCUGUC